CGGAAAGACCAUACCCUCUAGAUAGCCGAGGUUCGUCCGACAUGAUGAGAAAGCAACGUUUGAAGCUUUUUAUCAUCAAUAUCUCAACUUCAAAGGAAUGUCAAAAUUCACUAUUCCUCAUUUAACGAGGUAGAAGUUGGCGGAAUGGCCCUCAGCAUUCGUUUGCUGACAUUUAGACGUGGCUAUGCCACCCGACCAGGCGGUUCUCGUCUCAAGCCAACAUUAAGUCUCGACCAGUUCAUUCAAAGAGGCCGAGUUUUGGCUUUCUACCGCACUAUUCUCCGCGGGACAAAAAAGAUCGCUGAUCCUACAACAAGAGCUGAGUCUCGAAAAUACGCCCGGGACGAAUUUGAACGGCGUCGCAACGUAACAGACGCUUCACACGUUCGGUAUCUCCUCUCAGUUGGAAAGACGGAAUGGGAAGGCAUGGAGAGGUAUAUCGAUGGUAUGUAGCGCAGCAGUUGUAAAUGUAGAUGUAGUUGUACAUGACGAACAGUUCCAGUCCCAGCGCUGUCGUCUUUUUCUCAAGUUCCAGAGAAUGUUUAUUCAAGGCUUCUCGCUGAAAGAAUCGCCCAGUGUUUCGUUCGUUCUAUCAUGCGCAAUGCUUCCCGUCGCCCCGUC